GAAAACUUUGAGAAGGAUUAUGAUUAUUUUAGAAAGAUAAUGUUUGACAAAUCCCCCAAAAUAACAGAUCAAUUUUGAAACUUCCUCGAUGAAAAUUUCCAAACCCUCAAAGCUCUUCGCUCACUUGUAUUCCAGUAUAAAGGAUUCCUGUAUGUAGAGCAUCAUGGAUUAUGGGAUAGAAUUUGAGAAGAUCUCAAGUUGCAGGAAGGAUGUGAUUUCAAUGCAGCUCAAGCGGCUAAAAUUUACAAGCAAUACUUCUAUCUCUAUGAUACCUUGAAAGUCUACAGGUUAGACAGGAACUAUUACUGCUUCAUCCAAAACUAUGACCAGAACUUUAUGACUACGGGCAGAACCCUGAACCUCCCAUUGGACUUUAGAGUGAAUAACACUUAUCAGAAAUCAGAGGAAAUUUUCCAGAAGAAUUGAGAGGAGUUUCAGCUAUUAUAUCUAACAGAAAAAUGAACUGUAAGGUACCAGAACUUCUGAUCUACCUUCAUGGUCGAUCAGGAUGUGUUUUCAAUAUCCAAGAUCAUCAAAAGCUCGGGAAGGAAUAAAAUAUGAAUGGCACACUUUGUCAAGAGACCAAAGGAUGAGAAGAUGAGAUUUGCGAAGCCUUUCCAGACAGAUUAUCUCAUUGAUAGUUUAAGAGUGUUAAUCGCUGAUAAAUAUGAGCUAGGCUCUCAGUCUGAACUCAUCGAUGCGGAAGAAGGUGAGAUAUUUAAGGAAAUAGAAAUACCCAUAGAUGGAGGGUCAGACAUUAUCAAACAUAUGGAUAGCCAUUUCCCUCAUUGAAUCCUUCCAUGGAGAAGUAUGCUGAAGUGAGCUAAUGAAGAAGUUGUUGGAGUGAAUAAACCAGAAAUAUUAUACAGUGACCCAAAAUUCAUUCAGACAUGGAAGAAAGGAUAUAGAGGUUUAACUGAAUUUUACUUAAAUAUCUCACAAACUCCGAUAUGCUUUUUGAUCGUGAAAGUUGGAAAGAAUCGAAGCUUUGAAGACAUUAUUGAUAGACUAGGAUGAACCAUUGAUGAUGAGGAGGAAGAGCAAAAAUUAGGAAGAAAGAGGGCGAAGAAGUGAGAAGAUUCAGAUUUGCAGUAUGUUUUAGACCCUUUUGAACUAAGAGAUGCUAAAUAUAAUCUGGAAAUAUGCCCCCAUUUCUUUGCUUCUCAUAGAUGUGAAGUCUCUAUUUUUCAGUUAGGGAAAGGAGAGCUACUUUCAAUAAGAUCAGGGUAUUAUUAUCAAUAUUUUAUUCCCUCUGGGCCAGGUAUGAGAGCUUCAACAAUGCUCCAUUGGCAUUCACUGAUUCACAGACAUGAAGAGAUUGAGACUUUCAUAUCUCAGUGUUCUUCCCCUCUAAAGUCAGAGCCUCCAUGAAACCUUGGUGGGUUAAAAACUUUGAUUAACUUUGCAAACACUCAUGCUUAUAUAUCAUACAAGAACCCACUGAAAUUUUACAGAAGGAUCGUCCAAGAAGCAGUAAAGAAGGAAUAUAAAGAAAGGAAGGAAUUACUAUCUUACUAUUGUAAAGCAAUCGAGAGGAGAUAUGAAAAGCAUUUUACAGAGAAAGAAGAAGCAGAACAAAAGGCAAAGGAAGAUGCUGAAAGAAAAGCAAAUCUAAAGGCAUUAGAAGUCCUGCAAGAUACAAAGCAAACAAAUAUGGGGACACAGGAUGUAGAGAUGACUGACAAAGAUAAGAGUAAUGACGAGCCUAAGGAUAGUAAAACUGGCCAAAAGGAACUUACAAGAAAAGGGUUUAGAAUCAAGGAGUGAUACGUUUGCUCUACUACCAUAGCUGAAUUUGAAGAUAACCCGUUGCUAAAAUGGAGAUAUCCAAUCUUCGAAUACACCAAAAAUCCUCAUAAAGCAAGAUUUUGUCAAUUAUGUAACAAAGAAAUUGUUAUAUACUUCCUGAGGCUGGUGAAGUGCGCUAAGAUAAGGUCUGAGAUGGAGGUCCAUUACAUCUCAUGAAUUAACUGAGGAAUAGAGAAAGCCAUCCACAACCGUAAUUCAGAUUUUAGAAUCAUGGAGUUUUUGAAAAGAAUGAGCGUAAGAAAGCUAAUGCACUUUGGCUGAAUAGCACUUGUUAUUGAUGAGAAAGAUAUAGAUAGGGAGAAAUCCUUGGACUUUAGCUAUAAUAUGACAAGACAAGAGCUGAAAAGGUACGAGUUGAUGAAGCUAUAUGACCCUGAUGAAAACUUGACUAUAAAUAAGAAAGAGAUCAUCGAGAGUGAAUCAGACUCUUGAGAUGAUAAGACUAAGCAUAGAGAAUUGCAUGAGGACAUAGAGUUUAAGAGUAUAUUCUUUAUGAAUAGUCAGGUCCCAAUCUUUUUGAAAAGAGACCAAAUGGAGAAAGAGAUCUUCUUAAAUGUUGAAAGCAAUCUCAAUGAAAAGAUGCAUGUGAAUCUUGGGAUAUUCUUAUCAGCUGCUACUCUGGCCAAAAACAACAAAGAAAAGAAGGAUCAAAAGAAAGCCAAAAAGGAGGAAAAAGGGAAAUCAGACAAAGAUAUUUGAAUAUACAAACCCAAAAAAUGAGCAAAACAAGAGAUCAAGCAAGAUGCAAAAAUGGAAGUCAAAACUUCUUCACAAGAUCUUAAUGAAAACCUAAAGCAAGAAUUACUAAAAAAAGAGCCAAGAAGAGAGAAGAGAAGAAGCAGAAUGAAAUUGACGAUAAAGAACCAGAACUGGAGCUUUGAAUCAAUAGUUUUUCAGAUUAUCUCCAAUCACUCGACAAUUUUGAGGAAGCGUUUGAUUACAGAGACAAUCAUUUAAUAGAAUACCUGAAUGCCUUAUGUGAGGUAGAGUUCACCCCAAAAUGAUUAGAGUUCAGAAGUGUCAAAAAAUUAGCCAGGAUUAUCUCUCGAAUAAACAAUCUGGAAGGUGCAAUCAAGGUGUAUUCAAAACCAGCAAGGAGGAUUAUGAAGAAGCUCAGAAGCCUCAAGAGAAAAUAGGGGGUUCUUACUAGUAUAAUUUCAAUAAAAGUCUGACUACUAG